CACAAUAAUCAACAUUCAACUCAAAAGCAAUUUUCUCAAUGUAAAGAGUGCCCCCCUUACCACAGAUGAAAUUAGCUCUCAUGCUUUACACUACGUGUAGGAAACACUACGUGUAGGAAGAUCAAAGAUGUGUUCAUUCCAAAAAGUCAAAUUCAAAAGCGGCUAGAUUUUUCUGAUUCUUAGUCGAAUUUUAUCUAAACGUUAUCUUGGAGAGGUCAUCACUCGCCAAAAUCUACGGAAUUUCAAGAUGAAUUGGAUUAUGUACACUAAUUUCCGAAAACUGUGUUUUUGGAGUAGUGUAUUUGUGUGGUUUAUAGUACUUACGACUUUGCUCAGUGUUGUUACAUGUUAUAAUGUAGAUAUAGAGCGCCCUUUGAUUUUCUAUGGAAAACCUGGAUCUUAUUUCGGUGCUACGGCUGAAAUUGUUGUGGAUUCUAAAAAAUGGCUACUUGUUGGUGCUACAAAAGAUAAUUUCACCGACAGACCGGAAAUUCCAUAUCCUGGCAAUGUUUACGCAUGCCCUAUUGAUUUCCAUUCCCAGUCCAGUUGCAUAGUUUUACCAAGUUUGAGGACAGGAGAAAAUCAUGCAAAUGAAUCGCAGAACGUAUUUGAACAAAAGGAACAACUUUUAGGGGCAACUAUUCUUGUACCCGAGGACAAGAUGAAAGCCAUCAAGAUCUGUGCACCAAACUGGAAGAAUUUGCGGUUCUUCAAUCCAAAUGAUAAUGUGGAUGACUACUAUCAAGUGACCGGAAAUUGUUUCCUUCUGAAAAACAGGUCAGACCUGGUGAAUAAACCGGAAGUAAGCAAGUUUCGAAUUCCCCCUGAUGUUCUUGACUUUUACAAGGCACCGCUAAUUGGAUUUUCACUUUCCGAUAUCAAGACUCCUGUUUUUGAAACGUUUUAUGGCGCUCCCAAUGUCGGAAGGAGUUCAACAGGAGGCAUUGUGGGAAAAAAUGAUGGCACACUGAAAAGCGUGACGUCAUUGAAACUGGAAGUAGAGAGGUCAGAGGUUAUAAAGAAUACCUACUUAACUGGGUCAUUAUUCGGCUAUAGCAUUGCGACAGGACAAUUGGGACAAAACCCGUUUCAUUUCGUGGUGGGCGCCCCUGGAUUCAGCAAUAAGAACGGAAAUAUCGGCGCUUUCUCUGUAUUUAUACUUGGUGCACCUCCAGUUCAAGUCAAACAGAUCGAAGGAAACCAGGUUGGAGGAGGAUUUGGUCAGACACUGUGUAUUGCUGAUGUUAAUGGCGAUAAAAACGAUGAGAUCCUGGUCGCGGCACCAAAUUGGUUUUCUAUGGAUGAUCAAGGAAACAAAGUUCUCAAUGACAUCGGAUCCGUUUAUAUAUAUUACGGCACAGGAACCUCAGCUAUAAUUGAUGAUAUGCCACAAAUACUACACGGUUCAUUUUCUCCUUUCUCAAGAUUCGGGACUGCUAUUGCCAAUAUUGGUGACAUAAAUAAAGACGGAUAUAAUGAUAUAGCAAUAGGAGCACCUUUUGAGAAUAUUGAGGGGGCUGUCUAUAUCUUCAAUGGAGGGAAGACUAGAUUAGAAGACAAGUAUUCACAGAAAAUAACGGGAUCCCGUGUAAAGCCAGGACUUCAGGGAUUCGGAUGGUAUAUAUCAAGAUCAGCAAUGGAUGUAGAUGACAAUAUGUAUAAUGAUUUUGCUGUCGGGGCAUACAAAUCGGAUACAGCUUUGAUUCUACGAUCCAGAAAUAUCAUUGAUAUCAACUGUGAUAUAACAACCAACCCAGACCGCAUCCCUCUAAACGCUAGUGGUAUUUCUUGCAGUGACGGUCGUGAUUUCAAUCCGUGUUUCUCCGUGUCUUUCUGUUUUAAUUUUUCCGGAGAUGGAAUAAAGGAUACUGGUAUGAAACUCAUCGAUCAUGACGAUACAUCCUUCCAAGAAGAACUAAGUCAACUGGCACAAGACGAAACAUCCUUCAAAGAAGAAUUAAGUCAACUGGCACAAGACGAAACAUCCUUCCAAGAAGAACUAAGUCAACUGGCACAGGACGAAACAUCCUUCCAAGAAGAACUAAGUCAACUGGCACAGGACGACACAUCCUUCCAAGAAGAACUAAGUCAACUGGCACAGGACGAAACAUCCUUCCAAGAAGAACUAAGUCAACUGGAGCAGGACGAAACAUACUUCAAAGAAGACCUUAUCAACUCUAAAAAGAUCUAA